AUGCUGGACGGCCUGAAGAUGGAGGAGAACUUUCAAAGCGCCAUUGAGACGUCGGCCUCCUUCUCCUCGCUGCUGGGCAGAGCGGUGAGCCCCAAGUCUGUCUGCGAGGGCUGUCAACGGGUCAUCUCGGACAGGUUUCUGCUGCGGCUCAACGACAGCUUCUGGCAUGAGCAGUGCGUGCAGUGUACCUCCUGCAAAGAGCCCCUGGAGACCACCUGCUUCUACCGGGACAAGAAGCUCUACUGCAAGUAUGACUACGAGAAGCUGUUUGCUGUCAAAUGUGGGGGCUGCUUUGAGGCCAUCGCACCCAACGAGUUUGUGAUGCGGGCCCAGAAGAGCGUGUACCACCUGAGCUGCUUCUGCUGUUGUGUCUGCGAACGGCAGCUCCAGAAGGGCGAUGAGUUUGUCCUGAAGGAGGGGCAGCUGCUCUGCAAAGGGGACUAUGAGAAGGAACGGGAGCUGCUCAGCUUGGUGAGCCCGGCAGCCUCAGACUCAGGCAAAAGUGAUGAUGAAGAAAGUCUUUGCAAGUCAGCCCAUGGGGCAGGGAAAGGAGCCGCUGAGGAUGGCAAGGACCAUAAGCGCCCUAAACGUCCCAGAACCAUCUUGACAACCCAACAGAGGAGAGCAUUCAAGGCCUCGUUUGAAGUAUCCUCCAAGCCGUGCAGGAAGGUGAGGGAGACUCUGGCUGCAGAGACAGGGCUAAGUGUCCGUGUCGUUCAGGUGUGGUUCCAGAACCAGAGAGCUAAGAUGAAGAAGCUGGCCCGGCGACAGCAGCAGCAACAGCAAGACCAGCAGAAUACCCAGAGGCUGAGUUCCGCUCAGACAAAUGGUGGCGGGAGCGCUGGGAUGGAAGGCAUCAUGAACCCCUACACUGCUCUGCCCACCCCACAGCAGCUCCUGGCCAUCGAGCAGAGCGUCUACAGCUCAGAUCCCUUCCGACAAGGUCUCACCCCACCCCAGAUGCCUGGAGACCACAUGCACCCCUAUGGUGCUGAGCCCCUUUUCCACGACCUGGAUAGUGAUGACACCUCUCUCAGUAACCUGGGUGACUGCUUCCUAGCAACCUCAGAAGCCGGGCCCCUGCAGUCCAGAGUGGGAAACCCCAUUGACCACCUGUACUCCAUGCAGAAUUCUUACUUCACCUCUUGA